AUGAAUAAGGGAGAACUCUUUGGGGCGUCACCGCAAAAUUUCAGAUGUAAAGAAGAGCCUUGGCAGAAUAGGAAAGCUAAAGGAAAACAGAAGAGGAGGAAGAAUGAAUCGCUUGCUUCUCAACAUGGUUUCUCCAAAGACAUCCCAACUCAAGAGAAAAUGGAUAAAGGGCAAGAAAGGAACAAUUGUGCUCUGUGUGGGAAAACCUUUGCUCAUAGGGCAGGCCUUUAUGCUCACUGGAAAACCCACACAGGGGAGAAACGAUUUAAAUGUUUGGAGUGUGGGAAGAGCUUCUAUGAGAGCACAAAACUAAUAAGACACGAAAGGACUCACACAGGGGAGAAACCAUAUACAUGUUCAGAGUGUGGAAAGAGUUUCAGUAACAGCGCUUACCUCACUACACAUCGAAGAUUCCACACAGGAGAGAAACCAUACAAAUGUUCUGAGUGUGGAAAGAACUUCAGCAUGAGAACAAGCCUUACUUCACAUCAAAGAAUUCACACAGGGGAGAAACCCUUUAAAUGCUUGGAGUGUGGAAAGUGCUUCCGUCGAGGUGACCUCCUUACCUUUCACCAGAAAACUCACACAGGGGAAAAACCAUUUAAAUGCACGGAGUGUGGAAAGAGUUUCAGUCAGAGCUCCCAGGUUAAAUCACAUCAAAGAAUCCACACAGGGGAGACACCAUAUAAAUGCCUGAAGUGUGGAAAGAGCUUCAAGUGGAGUACACACCUUACUUCCCAUGAACGAAUCCACACUGGAGAGAAACCUUAUAAGUGCUCAGACUGUCACAAGGGCUUUUGUGAAAAAUCAAGCCUUAAGAAACAUCUGAGAACUCACACAGGAGAGAAACCGUAUAAAUGCUUGGAGUGUAGCAAGAGCUUUUGUGACAAAUCAAGCCUUAAGAAACAUCAGAGGAUUCACACAGGAGAGAAGCCGUACAAAUGUGUAGUCUGUGGGAAAACCUUCAGUGCAAGCACAAGCCUUACUUCCCAUCAGAGAAUUCACACUGGAGAAAAACCAUAUCAGUGCAUGGAGUGUGGGAAAAGCUUCAGGGCAAGUACAAGCCUUACUUCACAUAAAAGAGUUCACACAGGGGAGAGACCAUAUCAAUGCAUGGAGUGUGGAAAAAGUUUUGGUGAGAAAUCCAGCCUUAAGAAACAUCAAAGAAUUCACACAGGGGAGAAACCGUAUAAAUGCAAAGACUGUGGAAAGAGCUUCAGUAUGAGCACAAGCCUAACUUCUCAUCAGAGAAUACACACAGGAGAGAAACCAUACAAAUGUUCAGAGUGUGGGAAAAGUUUCUGCCGGGGUGAUCUCCUUACUUUACAUCUAAGGAAUCACACAGGGGAGAAACCAUUUAAAUGCCUGGAGUGUGGGAAAAGCUUCAGUCAAAGUGGAGGCCUUACGUCUCAUCAAAUAAUUCAUACAGGGGAGAAACCUUUUGAAUGCUCAGAAUGUGGAAAGUGCUUUCGAUGGCGUGCACAGCUUGUUUCGCAUCAGAGAGCGCAUACUUGUGAAUAA